UUCAUCUGUUGGUCUAUUUGUCCUUGGAUUGAUGGCUUUAGCUGAGGCAUGCGGGGUGGCCGUGCAAUCUAUUUUGACAGUUGGUGGCAUUGGAGGAGUGGCUACUGCUUUUGCAGCUAGAGACAUACUUGGGAACAUUCUUAGUGGGUUGUCCGUGCAAAUUUCACAGCCCUUUUCAAUUGGAGAUACAAUAAAAGCUGGAUCUGUAGAAGGUCAAGUUGUGGAAAUGGGGCUAACAACUACAUCAUUACUAAGCGCAGAGAAAUUUCCUAUAAUAGUUCCAAAUUCACUGUUCUCUAGUCAGGUAAUUGUAAAUAAAUCACGGGCCCGCUGGCGUGCCAUGGUUAAAAAAAUUCCUUUGCAAACUGUUGACGUCAGUAAGAUCCCCCUUAUAACAGAGGAUAUUAAGAGCAUGCUAAGAUCAUAUCCAAAAGUUUUCUUGGAAAAGGAGCCCCCGUACUGUUACCUAUCUCAGAUAGGAAGAUUGUAUGCUGAUCUGACUCUGGGAUGCAAUCUAAAACAAAUGAGCAAAGACGAGCUUUACUCCACAGAGCAAGAUAUUCUUCUGCAGUCAGUCCAGAUAAUCAAGCAGCAUGGUAGUACAUUGGGUAGCAGAACCAUGGAAGAUAUGAUUUAACUAGUGAGACACCGGAUCUACAAAAUAGAAAUGCUUGAGUGGCUUUCUUGGUGACUUUUAUUUUUAGCUAAAAUAUGAGUUGAAAAAAAUAUGUUUGGGAAUGAUUUUUUUAUUUUUACCUAAAACAUUGUGCAAAAAAUUGAGAAUGAAAAUGAAUAUUUGACUUUUUGUAUAA